CAAAAAAGAACCAAUGAUUGACAAGAAAUGUUUUCAAUAUGAGGCUGUUACAGAAUGGUUACUACGAAACCAUAAAAUGGUAAAAUGUCAAGGUCACACCAUCAGCGGGACUGAAGCAAGUAUCAUCACAUUUCUGUUUCAACUGAUCACAUGAAAAAUGAAUACACCGAAAAUUGAGAAUGCUGUGGAGUAUAAGCUAAGAGUGCCAAGGAAACUUGUUAAAGAUUACUAUGUCAUGAAGCUAAACGCACCAAGGCCUGUUAAUUUUGGAGAAAUAUCUGAUGCCUAUAUAUCAAGACAUGCCCCAACUGGAGGGGAUGAUGAUUCAAGUGCUGGGCAAUCAGCUGGGGCUGGCAGUGAAUUUGGCAAAGAAUGGAAAGAGGAGAUGAAGCGGCGGAGAAGAGGAAGGGUUAAGAAAGAAGUCACAAAAGAGGAUAUGUUGUAUUCAGUAAAACUUUGUGGCAAAAAAAACAAAAGUUUCAAAGGUAAAAGAGAAGGAACUAUUCUUGAGAACUCUGCUUACUAUAUUUUGACUCAAUCACCAGAUGGGGUCUUUGAAGCUGUUCCAAUUCAAGCUUGGUACAGCUUCAACCCAACUAUCAGUUACAGCACCCUGUCGCAUGAAGAUGUAGAAAAAGAGUUUGCAAAGCGGGAUCGAACCUUGAAUUACCACAACUUGAUGCUACAAAAGCGAAUAAAGGAUGCCGGGGAACCAGGCGAUAGUUCAUUCCUUGGAGAUAAAGUAAAGAGCAUGCAUCGCGGUGACCUGGUUAUUCAUGACGACGAUUUUGAUGAUGAUUACGAUGUCCGCAGUGACAAAUCGGCAGAUAGUGGAGAUAAUACUACAGACAGCAAGCAAAAGAAAGGAAAAGAGGGCAAGAAGAAAGACAAGUAUGUAAGCAAGAAAAAGAAGAGUACAGAAGACGAUGACGAGCAGGACUCCGAUGAAGAAGAGGAAUUCGAUAAUUUCGAAUCGAAAGAAUGUGACUACAUGUCAGAGUCGUCUACAGAUGAUGAGGCAACAUUGCUGGAAGACGAACCCGAACCUGAAACUAACAGAAGAACGAAGGCCAAAGAUGAUCUGAAUGCGUUCACGCUCAGCGAUUCUGAAGAGGAGGAGGAGACAGAAGAAGGCCUUACGUCAGCAGGGAAAGAACUAAAGGAGAUUCUUAAACGGGAAGAAGGUAACGAUGAGAGUAGCUCGGAUGAAGAUGAGGAUAUAGACGAUGACGAAAAAUACUCAAAAUCGGCUCUUUUCAUGCAAGGGAACGAUGGCAAGAAAAAGAAGCCUGGUGCUUCUGGAAGUGUAUCGGGCUCAAGUUCAAGUAGUCGAUCUGCUACACCCACAAUGCAAGGUGAGGCUGCACAAGGAACGUCAAAAUCAGCAAGCAAAUCAAAAGAUGCAAAAUCAAAGAAAGAUGUCAGUAACAGGUCAACUCCAACACAGCAUGGAAGCAAAAAGAAAUCUGACUCAUUAUCUCGCAAACGACCAAGUAGCAAGGAUGUCCUUGAUGAUACACCGCCAAGCAAAAAGGAGAAGAUGCAACAUAAAUCGCUAGCCAAUAUGUCUGGAAAGAAAGGAAAGAAGCCAGGUGAAGGUGAAUCGAUGGCUGCCAGUGACAGUAGCAAAGAACCUUUGGCUAUAACGGAGUCAACAAUCAGACGUUAUCUUGCACACAAACCGAUGACAACUACUGAUCUUGUAAGAAAGUUCAAAACCAAAAAAACCGGCCUCACUAAGGAGCAAACUGUGAGCACCAUCGCAGCUAUUUUGAAGAGGAUAGGCCCAGAAAAACAACACAUCGAUGGAAAAUUGUAUCUUUCGAUUAAGCCAGGCAAGAAAUAGAUGUUUUCGAGGAAUUCGUCUAUAUAAAUUAGGUAGAAUUAGGGUGCACUAUAGCAGUGUCCCAUUCCUUAAUCUAACACUUACUGAAUUUUGUGCAAAAUGGCUUUAGGUGUCCAUCUAUUCUGUAUUUUCUGUCGAUCAAUAAAUUUGAAGAUUUGUUAUUCUCUACAUCGAUCUCUAAAGGUUUUGAAAUCAAGAAGUGAGUUUUCUGCAUCAGGGCCCACGACACUGGGCGAGAGGGGCUAAAAAGACCUUGAUCCCCAACGUUUUGCCAAGUAAAUGAUUUGGAUUCACCCAAAUUUUCGUAUUAAUAAACCUGUAUUAAUACGGAUUAAACAAAUCCGACGAAUAAGAAUCAACAGCGCCAGCAAUUUCUCUGCUUUGCUGCCCCUUCCCAUCCAUGUUUAGAAUCGGCAGUACGGGCCCUGUAAUGAAUUUCAGUCAUGUCAAUAAAACAAUUUUUAACCAGAAGAAUAUAGAUAAAAUAAAAAAGUUCAUUGACAGUCCAAUUUUUCUGAGGUUAUUUCCAUUCUUGAGUACAAUCGUAUCCUGGAAAUGUUCGCAAAACGUAAGGGGUUUUUUAAAAGUGAUUUAACAUAUAUAGAAUGCAAAUCAAAUUCCUACAAUUUUCGGGAAGGGGGGGGGAGGGGGGAGCCAGGACAAGUGAGACCGGACAAGUGAGACCGACUCGCGUCGGAUGGACUUGCCUUUUAAACAAAUCUAAGCUGAUGAACAAAACGAAAAUGUAUAAAAACUACGUUUGAGGAAAUGCCAAGCGACACUGUGCUUUGGCAAUAUUUGGAAUUCAUUUUUCUUGAACUGUGUUGGUCAUUUGAUACUUUGGAGAGGAUUUAUUGACACCAGAAGACCUAUUUCCCUACUAUUUUGCUCGACUUGUUCUUUUGGGGCAACUAAACAAAUGCAGAACAUAAAUGCACGAAAACUAGUAGUAAAGGUCUUUUGGAUAGAUAGGACACAGCUUUGAAGGGGUGUAGCGUAAACGAUAAUAAAAGAUACUGGUUUAUACACGUUGUCACGUUGUUUGUACGGAGCUUUAUAGGUUGAGGUGUCAGUGGCUUUCUUUACUUCACAAUGGUUUAUACGUUACAGAGUACAAAGCAUAGUGGCAGCAGUACAUUUAAUGAUAUAGAAGCGCCGAAGGCGCUAGAUGUCUAACUUACAGGUCCGCUGUGAGGCACAUCUGUUUACUUCCACCAUUUUGACUAGUGGUAAAAAGGAACUUGCUCCAUACCGAGCCCUUAUAAAUUUGGUAAAAGUAAGGAUUUAUUUCGUUCACUUCUCUUUCGAAUAUCGAUGUGAAAUUUGGUGAGUGGCCUUAUAUUGCACUUAAAUUUAUGAAUUAAUUUUAAUAUUGGAAAAAUAAGCCGUCGUUCGCAAAUUCCAAGCAUUUACAGUCGCGGUGCUUGCUGUGGUGUUUUCUGUCUCGUCGAAAUUCCAGAAAAUAAUGAUUGAUCUGUUUUAAAACGGAUCCAGCAACAAUGUUUAGCCACUCAAUGCAUAAAUUUCUUAACACAUUUGUACAAAGAUGUGAUUUAGUUACUUUUUCUUUGUUUGUUUACAGAAACUGCUAUGAAAUAUCUAGGCCAAACUCCAGAAAAGCCGAAAAUAGGUCAUAAUUCAAUGCUGGGAUAUUAAUAACAGAAUCUAGAUAUGGUAACCAAUUUUUGAUUUAUAUAAUCAUUGAUAUUUUUAAACUAUUUCAAAACCAAACUCAGGGACGGUCUGACGUCAAAAUCGCAGGGUGGCUAGAAAAGUCAAGCAUGGUUUAGGGCGUGGCGGGAAAAAUUGAGCCAAACCCACUAAAAAUGUGGCUUAGAAUACGACUGAUUCAAUAAAAAUUGAUAAUAAAGCAAUACGCUAAACAGCAGCAGUAUAUCGACUUUAAUUAGUAAAUUCGGACCCAAUUGGAUCCAUACCUUUCCUCUCGUGUAAAGAGGCUUUAAAAUCCCAUGUAGAGUUAAGAAUCAAGAUCAAAACUUAUUUAAAUUCUCAGAGUUUCAACUCUUUUCGAAGAAGUGCAAAUGAAUCAGCAAAUUGGCCAAUUACUUGCUCGUAAUCAAGUGAAAGAUUUCUCUACUUUUGAAAUUAUCAGCAGCGCUGAAUAAUCUUUCAAAGGAAACUUGGGUGCAGCUAAGUGUCAUCAAGCAUUUAUACGCGUUGUAGAGGGAAGGGUAUGCUGCUAGGUGCAUGUUGUAUUCACUAAUUUUUUUAUAAAAACCAGUAAAUUUAGGUUCAGGUUGACUGUUCUUAAUUUUCACAAAAAUCCGAGGGUGGAUUGUCCUUAAUUUGUUCUUAAUAUAAUAGGGUAUAAGCAGUGCGAUUGCUAGAUUUUUCGCUCUUGGGAGGUGUUCAUGCAUUUUUUUGCAACAAAGUGAGUGAGACAGCCUUCAUUUGACGAUAAGAUUGAAUAUUCACCGAAAAGCAACCACAUAUGGCUUGAAAUCCUCGUUUUGGGAUAAAUUUGUUGUUCAAAAAUGCAUUAAACAGUAACUCAGCCUUAGCUUGUUCCUAAUUUGAUCUCAACUUUUGACCAGUUUUGAUGAUCAUAUUUUUAUAAAAUUGUUAUAUAUGAUAAAAGAUAUAAAUAUAUAAAAAAAAUAUAAAUGAGCGUCUGUACAAAGUUUUGAAUGUGCAUGGUAUGCACAGUUGGCAAGCUUUUACCCUUUUGAUAAGGGGUGUCGAUGUAUUUGGACUUUAAUCGCAAUAUAAUCAGUCUAGGGUAUUAAGUAUUUGACAUUAAGUUAAACAAUUUUCUCCAACGCGGAAAGGCCCGUAAAUUUUUUGUACACAGGGCCCGGAUGGCGAUCGCCACUUUGCCACCCGGGCCAGACCGCCCCUGACCACACUCGUUGCUUGUAAUGAUAUUCGGCUGUUUCAUUGUUUCUUCAUAGUAGUCUUUUUUUCUAAGGUCACUUCAACAAACAUGCAGUUAGCCUCUUAGGUGAGUUAGAUGGCCAUAAAUAAAGCUAAACAGCGUGCAUGGAAAGCUGAAACUAAUUGAGACCAAUUCUUAUGCAUUUCUUCAAGCAGGUUGAAUAAGUUAGACUUGAUGUUUCUAGGCUUCUGGGGCAUUUGUUGAGUUAACAAAAAUUAGAAAGGUAGAGUGGCAUAGGUCUCUGUAAUGCUGCGUCUUCUUUGGCUUUUGAUAAUAUUUCAUAAUUGUUUGAUAAAAUAUGUAUCUCGUUUUGUAUCAACUGACAUACUGACACUUUAUUUAGCGCCUUUUGUUCGUUUCCGACUGAAUUGGACAUGUGUCAAAAUUGACAUUUUCUAUGCUACUCUUCUCUCAAAAAUGCGUCACAGACAAAAAGUUUCACCUUUUGGUCCUUACAUUGUGGGAAAGGCUUUCCACGCCACAUCUAUUUGUUUUUCACAGACUUUUAGGCUAGAAUCAACUCUUUCCAUUAUUUGUCUUACUUCUUUGGCAGUUUUUUCCGUUUAUCAAUGUAUCGACAUUCGAUCCUGCUUAUAAUGCUCUCACGCGGCCUCGGGGCCAUAGAAAAGACCAACGUUUCCGAAUUUUAGUUUAUUUACAGCUUUUUGGAUAGAGGUAAAAAAACCUAAACUUACUUUACAAAAUGAUACACAGGUUAAACCAUAGACAAUCGGGAAAGUGUACUAUUUCAAGCUAUAAUUCUGAGAUCCUAUCUUGCUCGCCCCUUGCGCCUGUACCUUCCGGCCGGCAAACUGCAACAUAUUUUUCAAUUUCUAGAAAUUUUUGUCUGUGUUUUGCUUGGACACUGAUCUGUAAACAAUGAUUUCAACUAGUGCCUGUAGAUCGGGAGGUGGGGCUUUGCACUCAUAUUUUGUUAAACGGCCCAGAAUUCUGUGGCAUGGACAUGAUUUCCGAAAGUGCGCAUUUUGCUUCGUGUAGCCUCUGCGUUGCAUAUGGAAUCGAGGCUUGGAUCGAAACCCGAAUUCUCAGAAAGUUUGGUUUGAGGGAAUGAGGGAAUGCAAAGCCUAUACUGAAGAGUUUGUUUGAAAGGAGCACGAGAUGCAUCAAGUCCUGCACUGUAGAUUAGCAAACUAGCAGAGCUCUAGAAAUCUAAGCAGUUUUGAAA